AUGCCUACGCACACACGAGAUGGGUCCCGCGACAGGGAACUGGUCGUCAGAAAUCAAUCGGUGCCCAUCCCUGUUACAAGAGGAAAUGUCUCCCCAGGCAUUCAAGCCGUGGCGGCGAAUUUCCAAGAAAAGAUGCGCGAAAACGCACCGAGCCCGUAUACAACCAACCCCAUGCCGCCGAAGUCCCCAGAGAAGUCCCUCAUCAAGGGCCAAUUCCACAGGCGCAUGCAAUCGCUACAGAAUACAGAUGCUCGCAAUGAAUUCUUAAACUAUCUCGAGAGUCGGUCACCAGAACGGCCUCUCCGCGCGUCGACUUUUGAUCAGAGCCCUAAGCAGCAUGAAUUAACGCCGGUGAAAGCUCCUGGCUCCGCAGACUCGCGAGAUAAAGACAACGAGCAAGAGCUCCCUAACCUGCAGAUUUCGAACCGAUACCUUUCGAGGCCAAUCCUGGGCGAAAGCACACCUCCGUCGGCGACAAUGUUAGCUUUGCAGAAUAUGCAGCUGCCUACUGAGAGCGUCGAGCCAUUGAAACCAAAGAGUAACGAUGCAGACCCAUUCAUUGGGCCCAGGCGCGCCGACAACCACAGCUUCGAAUCAUUAUCUACCCAGAUACUCAGCCUCACAGAUAUUGCGAGUAACCUUCAGCGCGAAAUGGCUCAACUAAGCCGACGAAGUAAAGACAAUGCCACGGACCUGGUCAGCCUCAAAGCUGCAACUAAUGCUCGAGACGAGGAUAUUCGCAGGAGCCUCCGUGAUUUAUCCUCCAGCCUAGCCGCAAAGUUCCUUGAUCCUGAUGCUGCCACAAGUUCUCCGAGCUCGAAGAAGAGCUAUUCGGCACCACGAAUGUCAAGCCCUAAUCCAUUUGCCGCAGCAAUGGAGCGCGAACUGUGUGGAUCUCCUACGCCUAUUUCUGAUGGUUCCGCCAGCAUCGCAUUACUAGAGAAGGUCCUUCGGGAGAUGGGGACCAAAGAAGGCCAAGACAAGCUUAUAGAAAUGGUUGAAGAAAUAAAAGCCAGGCCUGUCUCCGAAACCCACGAAGUAUCGAAUGACGAGACGAUCACGAGGAUGCUCGAAGAAAUUCUCGAGCAUGUGAAGGAUGACUCGGGGAACAAGGCUUUGGUUCGCUCUCAGGCUUGGGUCGGCGCCGACAGCGUCCCUCCGCAGGGAGAGCCCGACGGUUCUGGAACAAGGUCGCUGGACGACGAACAAGCAUACUCGCCAGAUAUGGAAACCCACAACAUCCGACCCGCCGAACGCUCUUUGGUGCCCGCCGAUCCCGAAAUGGCAGACGAGAUGCUAGCAAUCAUGAAAAGAGUGAAGACUAGUGUCAUUGAAGGAGGUGGCAUGACGAACGAGGUCAAAGCCCUUGUGCGAGAACUACGAGGAGAGGUCCUAGGAAUGGGAAGGAACCUGGCUCGACAAAUCGAAGGCGUUGGAUCUUCCCGCGCUAUAGAAGACAGGCCGGACCGACCUACCCAUGAAGAGCUGGCUGGUAUCGUUGAAAACAACCUGCAGGAGCUCAGAGACCAACUCGCCUCGAUCAUGGAUGAGAGUAGACACCAUUCAUCGUCCAUCUCGGAAUUCAGAGCUGCCAUGGAUGGUAACGAACUGUACUCUAUCGUCAAGAGGGCUCUGGAUGAGCUUGACCUGUCUCAGUUCCGUGCCGAGCCCCACGGUGUCAAUAUGGAAAAGGAAGAGAUUCUGGAGACCGUUCGGGAAGCUUGGGAGACAUACAAGCCUGAGAUUGAGUUGCAGAAUUUCGGGCUGGAACGAGACGAGAUUCUGGAGUGCCUGUCAGAAGGGCUUAGAGACUAUAAGCCGCAGCACGAGGACGCCGUUACUUAUGACCAAGUCUUGGCGGCUGUCCAGGCUGGAAUGCAGAGUUUCGCGCAACCACCCAGCAUUACGAAAGAAGAGAUCGUACAAACAAUUCACGAAUGCCUUGCCAAUUUCGAACCCCCUGUACCUCGGGGCGUGGAGCGCGAACACCUUGAUGGCAUGCGCGAUGAGAUCCUAGAAGCCGUCACCCACUCAGUUACGUCCCAAAGUGCUCUUACAAGAGAGACGCUGGACUCUGGUCUUGGCCGUGAUGAGAUCUUGAGCGCUCUUUCGGAAGGGCUUGAAGCUCAUUUCGGUGCGACCAAGGCCAUCGAACAUCCUCACAUCACCAAGGACGAUGUUGCUAAUGUAAUAAAUGAAGCAUUCAUUGCACAGCAAUCGGUGGUCAGCACCAAUGUUCAACCCACUGUUUCCCGUGACGAGAUUCUCCACGCCAUCGCAGAAGGCAUGGAAAGCCAGAACUCCAUCACGAGAGAGAUCGAACUUAACAGGGAUGAUCUUAUGGAGGCUAUCGCAGCUGGUUUGCAGGAGGCCAAUGAGGCAAACCAGAGCGUCGGGGAACAGAUGCUGGAACGUGUUCAGGAGCAGCUGGAUGGCAUAAAGGGGGAAAUGGGCCAACAUUUCUCUGCCAGUGAAGAGACCUCCGAGCACCUGCUUAAUGCUAUCAAAGAUGGCAUUGCUGUCGUGCGACAGGAAGUGGAAGGCUACGCCUCAAUUGCAGCUGAAGCUUCCGGGAAGCAUGAGAUCAUGGACACUGUCAAGGAAGGGUUCCGCCUGUUGCAGGCUGACAUGGAGAAGACGAUCACUGAGACCGCCGCGUCUAAUGCGCCUCGCGGUAAUCCGGAUACACCGGAACUUCUUGAUGCCAUGGAGAAGGAAUUCGAGCAUCUGCGACAGACAAUGAGCUCCUUGUUGAUUCGCAACAACGCACCGAAUGAAAAGGACGAGAUCCUGGACGCCAUUCGCGACAUCUCCGAGCAGCAAAAGACUUCCAAGAGCGAUGAUGUUCUUGCAGCUAUCCGCGAGCUGUCGGAGAAGCAGGCGGGUACGCCUGCGGAGGAUAUCCUUGCAGCUCUUCGUGAACAGUUGGACGAGCACAAGACUGCGAGCAGUGAUGCAAUCAUUGCCGCAGUUGAAGCAGCGUUCGAACAGAAACCCAGCGCUCCAAGCGACGAGAUCCUUUCUGCCCUUCGUGAAAUCUCCGAGAAGCAGGACAACACGAACAGCGAGGAAAUUCUUGCUGCCAUCCGUGAAAUCUCCGAGAAGCAGAACAACUCGAACAGUGAGGAGAUUAUUGCUGCCAUCCGUGAAAUUUCGGAAAAGCAGAACGAUACGAACAGCGAGGAGAUUCUUGCGGCAAUUCGUGAACUGUCGGAACAACACAAGGCGGCCAACAAUGACGAUAUGCUUGCUGCCGUGCGCGAUAUAUCCGAGCAACACAAGGGAAUAGAUAGUGAAGCAAUUCUUGGAGCAAUCCGUGAAUUCUCAGAGCAACACAAGUCUACAAGUGUCGACGACAUAACGAAUAUCAUCAAACAAGAGUUCGAGGAACUCCGUCACUCAAUGAACAUGACUCUGGUCCGUGCGGAACCUACGGAGCCCAAGACGGACAAGGAUGACAUUAUUGCUGCGCUGCACGAAAGAUUUGACACCUUCAAGGACGAGCAAACCCAGCCCAGAGAGGUUAGCGAAAGCGACGCCUUCACUAAUGGUGAAGUGAUUGAAGCCUUGAACGACGGCGUUGGCACCAUUCGGGAAGACAUCGCAAAGCUCAUGGAGAAGAAUGUUGAGUUCGACUAUUCUGAGCUCCUGGAUGAGCUGAAAUCAGGGCUUGGCAGUCUGAAGGCAGAUGUUGAAAUGCUGAGGCAAGCUCAGAAAGAGAGUGAAGAAGUCGAGACGACUCGUGGAGGUGAACUGAUGCUUGCAAGCAACACUCCACCCUCUGAUUCCACCAGCAGCAACGAUAUUGAAGGUCUCAAGGCCCUUAUCACUCAACUUCAAGUCAAAGUCGAGGCAAUUGAGUCUGCUCCGCGCGCUGCAGAGGCUCCGGAAGACAUGCUGAAGAAGGAGCACCUUGAUGAAGUCCUCCUUGGACUACACGAACUUCAGAGCUCAGUAACAGGCAUCGUUGCCCGUGAUCAGCCUGCAGAUGAGGCAACAGCCAAGAAGGAGGACACAGACGCCAUUGAAACCCUGCUGCGCAACACGAAGGCACAGCUUGAUGAGAUGACAUUCCCUGCCCCUGACGAGAUCGCAAGAGCAGAGCAACUUUCAAACCUUGAAGGUAUCGUCAAGGAAACUAAAGAAGCCAUGUCUGAACUUCGUACUCGAUUCGAAUCGGACGGCCCGACGAAGUCAGAAAUUGGUACUUUGGAGACCCUGAUGAAAGACAUGUGGAUCGCUCUCGAUGAACUGAAGGGCAAGGGAACAGAGGAGGAAAAUGAUGCCGAGAAGUUGGUCAAGGCAGAUCUGCAGACCGUGGAAGCGAUGAUCUUCGAAGUAAAGACGCAGGUCGAAGAACUCAAGCUUCCCGACAUCGAGACAUUGCCGACCAAGACCGACAUCCAAGAUCUUACGGCACUUGUUACUGAGUUCCGCGAGAAGGUCGAUGCCGACAACGAGAUGACCGGUCAAGCCUUCGAUGCUCGGAAGGUUGAGCACGCCGGGCUUGCCGAGAAGAUCGAGGAGGCUCGGUCUGUCGUGGAGGGGCUCGGAGACGAAUUGAAGAGCAAGCUGGAUGGUAGCAACGAGGGGCUCAGCGAGCUCAAGCAGCUACUUGAAGGCUUGGCAGCGUCUGCCGAAAGCUUCACGACGGUGGAGAAUGUCAACGAACUUACGGAACUGAUCAACCGCGAAUUCGAGCGUGCCCGGGGCGAACAGGAUGCGACGAAACUAGAGAAGGAAGAGCGGGAUGCUGCUGCGAUGGUCAAGCAUGACGAGACUCGAGCCGCUAUUAUCGUUGAACUGGGCUCGAAGAUUGACGAAAAGCUCGGUGAAAUCGUGGCCAAGUACGACGAGGUCCAGUCAUCUAUCCAAAGUGCUAUGGACUCCAAGUUCUCUGAGAGCGCGGAACGUGACAAUGCGCAUCUUGAGGCUGUUACCAAUACCAAGGCUCUGGCCGAAGACAUCAGGCUCGUCAUUGGAUCCAUGGGCAACAGCGUUAAUGAGGCCUGUGAGCGUAUGUGCACGGAUGCGCAAACCUUCUUCGAAAAGGUUGAUGUGUCCUACAACAAGAUGGAAGAGAUGCACAACGAGGUCAAGACCCAACAGGAGCAGGCUCGCUCGGAUCUCGAGCGUGCAGCAGCUGCAACUGAUCGUGUCGAAAGCCAACUGCACGAGUUCCAUCCUCAGGUGCUAGAGUCUAUUCAGGAGAUUCUUUCCAUCGUCGGACAGCACUACGAUCACUCCCAGAAAUCGGCGCAGGAUCUCAAGAUGGAUCUUUCUACAAUUCCCUCUGCCAUUACUCCGUUACUUCCUGCAUUGCCGCCGCCCGAGCCCGAGAAAUACGAUGAUACUCCGGUUCAGGAAAAGCUCAAUGACCUCCUCGAACGUGCUAAAAGCAGCCAAGUCCAAGAGACACUGAAUACUCUUGUCGAGCGCGUUACGAAUGAUCAAGUACAUCAAAAGCUGGACGAACUUCUGACCCACACUACGAGUACUAAUGGUCAGGUCUACGAGAAAUUGAGCGAACUUCUGGACCAUGCAACUAACUCUACCGGACCGGUCCACGAUAAGCUUGAUGUCCUCAUCGACCAUGCGACCAAUAAUGAUCAGUCAGUUACGCAGAUGAUGAAGUUGGACGAGAUGCACAAGGAUAUCAUGGAUACGUCCCGCCGGAUGAAUGAAAUGUUUGCCGCCCAGACCGCCAUGGUGGCUGAAGACAACGAGCGGAGACGUAAGGAGGCCGAGGAAGCAGCGAUUGCACUGGAGAGGCGCAACGCCCAGCGCGAGCAGGUUGAGGCAGAGAUCUUGACCCUAAAGGAGGAGAAGGAUUCUCUGCUGCACAUCAUCCAGAGCUUGAAGUCCGAGAAGGAUGACCUUGCCAAGCAGACCACCAAGCUCAGCAAGGAAGUCGCUGGCUUGGAAAUGGCACUCGAGCUCCGGCAUGAAGAAAUGCAAGUAAUGGAAGAUCGUGCAGACCAUCUCGAGAAGCGGAUCCUGGAAGGCGUUCUCGACCACGCUCGCAGUGUUCUCUUGAGCCGCCCGAACGGCAUGAAGAAGGCGCGCGGAUCUCGCGCCCGCGGGCCCAGUGUUGCCAGCAAUGCCAGCACGGCGAAAGAUGCCCGUAGCAUCCUCGGCAGUAGCGUUGGGCUAGCGCUGAGAAAGCGAGCACAGAAUGGGUCACAGGCGGGAUCUGUCGCACCAUCGACCACCAGCAAGGAACGGCGUAUCUUCAGUUUGAGCAACGUUACAGGCAAUCGCGGUGCAGGAGAUCGGCAGGUGAGUGGCGCCAGUGGGUUUGCCAGUCUAAAGCGGAGCCAUUCAGUCAGAUCCAACGUCUCCCAGCGCAAGGCAUCUUGGGGAGGCCGAAGCUCCAUCGCCAAUAAAGAAAACGAGGUCUUUCCGGAAGAAGAUGGGGAAGAGAGUGACGCAGGCACGGAACGACGAACCAGCUACACAGGAACAUAUGCGGACAGCAUGAUCUAUGGUACCAGUAGCCAUGUCUCCGCCGAUCGGCGGGUAAGUGCCGCUAGCUCCACAGGGCUGCGUUCGGUCGCGGACGAACCGGAGGACUCCGAAGGGGAGGAGGACGCUCAGACGCCCAAGGCAGAUGAGCCGGAGGAUUUGGAGCUGGAUGAGGAGGCCUCGAAGAUGGUGGUCUACGGACAGCACAGCGAUAGUGGUAUUGGACCCGAGGUCACGAGUGCGGCGGCAUGAAGCUCUAAGAGCACGAGGACUCCUCUCGGCUCUGCUGCAUGACCCUGGUAAUGAAGGGAUGAGGGCAAGCAGCAUGUUAUGGAAGCCCUUCUGAAGCGAAUCAUCCGAGCAUUUGGCUGAGCUGAGUGCUGUAUAGAUAGGGGGAUGCUUGGUUUCAGACAUGAAUCCGAUAAGGGUUGGAUACGGGGUACUUUCCUUUGUACUUUCCUAUGUUUCUUACGACUGUUUAUGCAUGAUGUACCUAUGUUUUUUUUUAUUCAGCGAGGGAAGUUAAUAAUGAACUUGAUAUGCUGAUAUGAGGGAAAGCCCACCUAAGAAUAUUUCUUCUGUAGAU